AUGCAUUUGCUUUUUGCCAUUGCUGCCUCUCUCCUAACUGUGCCCGCGCAUGGGCAUGCUGGUCAUGACGUCGAGAGAGAAAUGGCCGAGCGUCGUCAAUUUCUUGCGACGCAUACCAACAACCUGGCCCAUUGCGAGUCGGUUCAUCGUGCUUCGGGGCUGGAACAGCGCACCGUUGAGCGACGUCUUGAGAUGGCUAAAAGACUUUCUGGGGAUGAGAAUAUUAUGAAGAGACAGACCUCUUCCGUGAACAAAUCCCAUAAGUCAGACAAGUCAUACAAUUCUGCAACUGACCCUGCUGUCGUCUUCGCUGGAAACAGAUCGUGCGUGCUCAGCCCCGAAACUACGGAGGGCCCCUUUUACGUUACUGGGGAAUCAAUUCGCACCAAGCUUGUCGAUGGAGAAAAGGGUGUUCCGCUUCACCUUGACAUCCAGGUGAUCGAUGUCAACACUUGCAAGCCAUUGACCGGCAUUUUCCUCGAGAUGUGGAAUGCAAACUCUACUGGGGUAUACAGCGGGGCCCUGGCAAUUCCCAACGGGUCUGGCAUGGGUGACAAGGGCAAUCUCAACAAGGGUUUUCUCCGAGGCGCGCAGUCCACGGACAAAGACGGAGUGGCCCAGUUCGAAACCAUCUUUCCCGGGCAUUACACCGGCCGGGCCACCCACGUGCAUGUGAUCACGCACCAUAAUGCCGUCGCCGAGGCGAACAACACGAUCUGGAACAGCAAAGUUUCGCACAUUGGCCAGGCCUUCUUUGACCAGGACCUUAUUGACCAGGUCGAGAAGGUUGCGCCAUACUCUACAAACCGGCAGUCUCGGAUGAGGAAUGCUGUAGAUUCAAUUUUACUGCAAGAGGCUGCUACUGCGGACCCCUUCUUUGAGUAUGUGCUGCUGGGCAACACUGUGGCAGAUGGUAUAUUUGCAUGGUUCAGCUUCGGUGUCAAUACGACAUAUACGAGAGGAAUAAUGCCUGUUGCAAUGGCCUAUAAGGAGGGAGGGAAAAUGGCUACGAACAACCCAAAACUGCCUGGCUUUAGCCAGAUGUUCCCAGGUGGAUUUCCCACUUCGUUUCAACCGGGCUUUGGACCAUCACCUACUCCAAAGGUCUGA